ACUUUGGACCAAAUGGUCGCGCCGACUAAGAAGGAUAAAGCGCGACGGCGUUACCUCAGUGUCGUCUCGACUACGCAACGCGACGUACCACACCAACCCGCACAAGGACCUACAUAACGCCACACCGCCGACGCACUUGCCCCUUAACUCCAUCUGCUCAUUGGGUUUUCCUGAGCUUUCUUUCUUUUUCUUUUUCUUUCUCUCUCUCUCUCUUGUUUUUCUCGGGAAGAUCUGAUAAACCGCACAGUUAUCGCGCUCUCUCAAGGGUGAAAUCAUGGAUCUUAGCCAGAAUCAACAGUAGAUCGCGCCUAAGAAGAAGCCUGGAGCUGAGAAAAGCCGCGCACGAGGUUUUAUCGUGACAGAUUCAAGCGUAUAUACGCGAUCUUUUAUUAUUAGAGGAAAAAGAAGAGAGAGAAAGAACAAACACACACGAGAGAGAGAGAGAGAGCGAGAGCAUAAAAGAGUCGCAUCUUUCGCGUCUCCACGUCUUUCUCUGAUCGCACGUGACGCACGACGUUCUUGCGGGCGACGUUCUCUCCCGCCGGUGUUCAGACAGCAAUAAGACAAAUUAUCACCUAUGAACUCAUCACUUUCGGAUGAGCUUGUUAACUCACUGCAGUAUUAUAUCAACAUGUCCGUAGAACCGGGCAGCUUCACCUCCAACGGGAGCAUGAUCGUUGUGAGCAACAGGUUGCCGUUUGUGCUGAAGAGGAACGAGACGACCGGUCAGCUGGAGCGCAAAGCCAGCGCCGGUGGUUUGGUGACUGCGGUGGCACCGGUUGUCAUAAGCGGCAAUGGAGUCUGGGUUGGAUGGCCGGGCAUGCACAUGGAAAAUCCGAACGAACCGAUUCCCGAAUCCGAUCCGAACGAUCGCACACCCACGGCCGGUUUGCUCUCUCGAAAGGUUGUCGCGGUGCAUGUUGAACCCAACAUCUUCGACUCGUAUUACAACGGAUGCUGCAAUGGAACGUUUUGGCCUCUUUUCCAUUCGAUGCCGGAUCGAGCGACCUUCAUCGCCGAACAUUGGCGCGCGUACUCAGCGGUCAAUGAACAAUUCGCCGCGAAGACGGUGGGCGCCUUGGAGCAAAUUCACAAGGAACAAGAAAAUCAACUGAAUGGCACGCCCUUGGUGUGGGUUCACGAUUACCAUCUGAUGUUGGCCGCGAAUUGGAUCAGACAAGCGGCCGACGAGAAGAAUCUCAGACUCAAAUUAGGUUUCUUCCUUCACAUACCCUUCCCGCCAUGGGACAUCUUCCGACUCUUCCCUUGGGCUGACGAAAUUCUACAGGGUAUGCUCGGCUGCGACAUGGUGGGUUUUCACAUUCAAGAUUAUUGUCUGAACUUCGUUGAUUGUUGCCAGAGAAGUCUCGGUUGUAGAGUGGACAGAAAGAAUCUGUUGGUCGAGCACGGCGGCCGAACGGUGCGGGUAAGACCGCUGCCGAUCGGCAUUCCGUUCGAUAGGUUUGUUUCCUUGGCGGAGACCGCGACCAAGGUAAUGCAGUCGAAUCAGAAAAUCAUCCUCGGCGUUGAUCGGCUCGAUUACACGAAGGGUCUCGUGCACAGACUGAAAGCCUUUGAGAUGCUACUUGAAAAACAUCCCGAACAUCGCGAACAGGUGACGAUGUUGCAAAUCGCAGUGCCCUCACGCACCGACGUUCGCGAGUAUCAGGAUUUGAAGCUUGAAAUGGAUCAGCUGAUCGGCUGCAUAAACGGCCGCUUCACAACACCAAACUGGUCGCCGAUUCGUUACAUCUACGGUUGUGUGAGUCAGGACGAGCUGGCCGCGUUUUACAGAGACGCCGCCGUUGCUCUCGUCACGCCGCUCAGAGAUGGCAUGAAUUUGGUCGCUAAGGAAUUCGUUGCGUGUCAGAUCAACACGCCACCGGGAGUGCUGAUAGUAUCGCCGUUCGCCGGGGCAGGUGAAAUGAUGCACGAGGCGCUGAUUUGCAAUCCUUAUGAGAUUGACGAGGCCGCGGAAGUGAUUCACAGAGCUCUCACGAUGCCGGAAGAUGAACGCACGUUAAGAAUGAAUCACUUACGUAGACGCGAGAGAAUAUACGACGUCAACUACUGGAUGAAAUCUUUCCUUCAAGUAAUGGGAUCGCUCGAGGAACACGAUUCUGUGGGUGCUACCACGAUGCAGCCCGUGACCAUGGACGAUUUCGACGAUUAUUUGAGCAAGUACAUCGGUGAUAAUCAUAAGUUAGCUCUCCUGUUGGAUUACGACGGCACAUUGGCGCCCAUCGCCACGCAUCCCGAUCUUGCGAUUCUGCCGUUGGAAACCAAGAAUGUUUUGCAGAGAUUGUCCAACAUGUCGGACGUCUAUAUCGCGAUUAUAUCCGGCAGAAAUGUGAACAACGUGAAAUCGAUGGUCGGAAUAGAAGGUAUCACGUACGCCGGCAAUCACGGAUUGGAGAUUCUACAUCCGGACGGGAGCAAAUUCGUUCAUCCGAUGCCCGCUGAAUUGGAAGACCAAGUGGCUAACUUAAUGCAGACUCUUCAAGAACAGCUUUGCAAAGACGGUGCUUGGGUGGAGAACAAAGGCGCGCUUCUGACUUUCCAUUAUCGUGAAACUCCGAUGGAGAUCCGUCCUAAAAUGGUGGAUCAAGCUAAAAAACUCAUCGAGAAAGCGGGAUUUAAAGCUUGCGCCGCACACUGCGCAAUUGAGGCUAAACCGCCGGUCGAAUGGAACAAAGGCCGCGCUUCCAUCUAUAUCUUGCGCACGGCAUUCGGUUUGGACUGGAGCGAACGCAUCAGGAUUAUUUACGCCGGUGACGAUGUUACGGAUGAGGAUGCGAUGAAAGCUUUGAAAGGUAUGGCUGCUACCUUCCGUGUUGCGUCGUCGCAUAUAAUUCGCACUUCCGCCGAGAGACGUCUGCCCAGCACCGACUCGGUUCUAACGAUGUUGAAAUGGGUUGAGAGACAUCUCAGUAGACGCAAGCCGCGCAACAGCAUCGACAUCCCCGGGAUUCCUUCGCGAUUUAGACGCAGCAGCGGCGGAAUCACAAUGGAGAUGUCUUACACCCCGCCAAAGACAGCCCUCGAGUCCUAGGUGAUGCUCAAAUGUUCUUCGUUAGCAUAUCAACUAAUAUAUAUAUAUAUAUAUUAUAUAUAUACCCGACGCGAUAUAUACUUGUCAUAAUGUUAUAAUAUGUGUAUACGUAGUAUAUGUAUAUACAAAUAUGUAUACAUAAAUAUGUAUUAUAUAUGUAUGCAUAUAUGUGUAUAGAACCAAAACCAAGUUAAACGAGACCUAGCGUCUAAACUUGUAACUUUGCAUAUAGCCGCUGAAAAAGAUCAUCGCGAUCAGAAUGCCGAAAACGAGAAAACGUAAUAGUUUUUUUUUUUUUUUUUUUUUNUNNGUNAACGUAAAGUAUAAUCGGAAAAUCUCAAGUAAAAUUCUAACGAUAUUGCAUCAAAACACACACACAGAGUUACAAAAAAAAAAAAAAAAAAACGGAUCUAAGAUGUACAUACGGAUAAAACCAAUCGUGUUUUUCCGACAGAAACUUUUACUACGUCUUUUAACGUCAAUAAAUAUAAAAAUUUUCGAUGCCGUGUUUUAGGCGAUAUUUAACACCGUCGAAUUCGUACGAAGUAUACCGUGCUCGAUGUUUAUUAACUAGAGCUUCUUCUUUCGGUCUGCAAUACAUAAGAAUGUACAUACAUAUUAUAUAUAUAUUUCUAUUUUUUCGAUGUAUUUAUACGGAAAUCAAUCAUUCAAUCGUACGAGAUAUAACUGAAACUACAAAAAAAAAAAAAAAAAAAGUGUAUACAUCCUCUCCGAGGAAAUAGAUUCCUAGUCUUUUUAGAGAUUCGAUCGUGGUAUAUAUUGGGACAAAAAAAAAAAAAAAAAAAAAACAGUAAAUUGUGCGUGUUAUACUCGUUAGCUGUGUGCUUUACCUCGUUAAUGAUUUUUUAUAACACGAAUAUAGUUUAAUGAUAUGAGAGUAAAAAAAAAAAAAAAAUGAGAAUGUCAGAUUGUCCCACAAACUUUCUAAAAACGAAUACUUUUUCUACGAGAGAAAGUUUAUUUUUUUUUCCUUCUCUUUUAACAAUUUAAAACUUAUCAAUUGUCACCGAGGAUCUUAAAUCUUCUGUUCGUUAGAUUUUUAUCUAAGUUCUUUUGAAAAAUAUUCCGUACAACUUUUCGAGUCGUCACCUCUCUCGAAAAAUUAAUAACCAAUAAAAAUAAUCUCGCGAAAAAAAUCGUUUCCUCAUGAGUAGGAUUAGAAAUACACAGAGUCUUUUCAAUGUUAAUAAAGUUUAUUAUCUCUCAGUUAUUACAUAGGUCUUGCGACUAUUAAGUUACCAGAAAGUGGUGCCAAUCUAUCUAAUUUGUGCCGCGAAAUAAAUUAGAGAAACACGCGUUUUCGACUUAGCGAUAAGAACGUAUAAUAAAAAUUACACAUUUAUAUAGAAAAACGCAAAAACACACGCUCUAUAUUUACGUACGUAUCUAGCAAGCACACGAAAAAAACCAAUAACAGAAUAAUCGUUGCUGUGCAAAAAAGAAGAGGCGAAAUCCAAACAAUGUACAUUUAGAAUUUACACUUUUUGUAAGUAUGUAAGACGUGCGAUAAACAAAAACGGAGGCGAACGGAGAAAUUAUACCGGAGUUUGCUAAUAUAUACACAUAUAUAUAUAGAAUUGCUAAUAUAUAUAGUUCGUUUCUCCUGGGUUGUGUACGAUGAUUAGCGAAUAAAUAUGAAACUCUCUCUGUGUGUUAGGAUUUACGUCUUCUGUGUAAACGUUUGAAAAUUUAUGUGUCGUGUUGCGCGCGUCUCCUUCACAUGUCGCGCCCGGAUAAUACCGACCGCAAACUGGUGUAAACUGGCGGCAUCCGUUUAUCCGUUUCUUGUCAUUUGAACUUGUUGAUGAAUGAGAGAAAACUUCUUUCGCAAGUGCACCAAAGAACCAAACAAAUCAUCAAGCUAAGUUGCAUCAAGCAUUGAGAUAAGACGAAAUGUUUUUCACAAGACGUAUGGAUUUUUUUUUUUACGACAAAAAAAUCUCUCUGAAUGUAUAUGGUGUAGCGGGUUGCAUUUAUACGUUAACAAAUGUAUAAGCGAGACUUAGAGCGAAACUUAGUUUGGAAUACGUAGUGUAUGAUGAAGUUGCGUAUGAAUAAUGUUAUUUAUUUAAAACUUGUGUAACAGCGCAUUACGUUUGUUAUACAAAAAAAAAAAAAUCACUAGAGAGAGGGAACACGCACAAAUUGUCAACUUAAUUUUAAUUAACGUCAUUUUACUUCCACUUAGUAUGGGGUUUUGCAAACGAAUGUUAUUCUUUUGAAUUUGUUUUCAAAGUGUAACGUGUUUCCACAAGCGUUCUCUCCAAUUAAUUUUCUGGCCUUCUUUUUUUUAUAUAUAUAUAUAUGCCUUUUGUUGCUACUUCCUUAAUCCAAUGAGCGUUUAUACCAGGCGUUUUGUUAUACGAAUGCGUUCAUCGUGAAACGCUUCCAUCAAAACAAUGACGAGGUAUUCUUUCCGAGAGACGAAGCCAACUUUGCCAAGUUUCAACACUCGAAUGCGAUUACGAAUUAUUUAAGUUUAUUUAUCAUAAUAUAUAAAAAUAUUGAGAAAUAUAUUGUUUAAUCACAGUGUACAUUAAUACUAAAAAAAAACAAAAAAAAAAGAAAUUAAAAAAGUCAGUGUUGCGUAACACGACGAUGAAGAGGGAUUUAGCGAUUAAGUUUUUAACGAUUCGAUAUCUUGCGGAUGUUUAGCGCGUAUCGCGAGCACGGAUUCUCUCAACAAUCUCGUAUGUGUGUACUUUCGUACCUCUGUACUUAUUAGUCAAUUGUAACGAUAAGUUCGUCACAAUAAAUGAGCGAUCGGACGAACAAUGAAAAACAAAAACAAACAAACAAACAAAUUAAAAACGAGAAGCAGCUUGACGUUGAGAGCACAAUUGGCAAGAAUAAAGCAAAAAACGUAUGAAAAAUUUAUGGCUGGAGCUCACACACUGUCUGCCGCACACCCGCGCAUAUGUUGAAAGUACACAACAAACAAAUAAAAAACCAAACUAAAAGCAUGUGUGUGUGUGUAUGUAUAAUGAGAUAUAUAUGUGUAAAUAUACGCGUAAACGCGCGCAACAAAAGUUCCACCAUGUGCCCUUAAAGCAAAAUCUCCCCUUCCUCUUGACAAAAAAAAAAAAAAACAAAAUAAAA